AUGCCAUCCAAGACUCUUCUCGCAGUAUGGGGUGUCAUCGACUUUCUACUCCUCGCCGCUGGUGGUAUGACAAUUGCCAUCUCGGUUCUCUUCAAAGCUCCCGACCCGAUCAGGAACAUUGCCCUUACGGACUUUGAUCUCAACUUCGGCCUUGUUCUAGGCAUCUUCUAUGUCGCAACAUUUUGCCUGUCUAUUGGUGCCAUUCUUCAGCGGAAUCAUGUCACAAUCGGACUUGCAAUCCUCAACUGGGCCCUCAUCGCAGACGCGAUUGUGACUGUGAUCUACGGUGCCAACCUCUGGUACAUGACCUUGCAGGAGACGCUCAAUUUCAGUCGUGUAUGGAAUACGACCACGCCUGCGAGGAGAAUUGCCGUGCAGGAAAAGUUUAAAUGUUGUGGCUUCCUCAACAACACGGCCGUCGAGGCGUCUGGAUUUUGCGCAACACCCGCCAAUGCACUCGACAAUGGAUGUUCUGCAACGUUCCUUCCAUUAGCAGAUACGAUGCUGAUGGAUGCCUUUACGACGGUGUACGGGUAUACCGCGAUCCUAGUCUUGUUCUUCUUGGCAACUAUGUGUGUGAUCAAAAAGCGUCAAGAGACGGAACGAUUUAGGCAAAUCGAUGCCAAGCGUGGUGGAGGUGGAUUCGUCUAG